AUGCCUCCAAAGCAAGCGUCAGGCACUGCGCUUACUCACUCGCUGCUGGAUGUCCAGGAACAGCGCACAGAGCAGACCAUUGCACGCAUCAAUCAAGCUACCGAACAGCUGCUUGCUCGCUUCACUCAAGUGACAGCGCUUGCACAACACUCUGCCGAACGGGAAGCUACUGAAGAAGGUGCUGAUGCACCAGCUCGUGCUUCGGACGCUCAGCAAGCGGCACGCUCCUUGCAAAUAACGAAUGCUACAAGUGCCAUGGUGCGUGCUUUUGAAGAGCUGCGUCGCAUCAUCUAUGAAGUCAAGGAGCUCUGGGUGCUUGGCGGGGAUGUGAAGCUCAAGGAUCAAACAAUCGAGCUGGGCAUCGACCAAGAGAGCAUGUCUCUCGGGGAGAAGCAGAAGGUCAUGGAUAAUGCUGCUGUUGUACUCAGCGGUCUUGGUGCAUCUCUUGUGUGA